AUGUGGAAAACCACUGAAACCAGCACGGCCUCCAGCUCUACAUCCAUCCCAACCACAGCUGAGACCAGCACAACCUCCAGCUCUACACCCACCCCAACCACAGCUGAGACCAGCAUGGCCUCCAGCUCUACAUCCAUCUCAACCACAGCUGAGACCAGCACGGCCUCCAGCUCUACACCCACCUCAACCACAGCUGGAACCAACAUGGCCUCCAGCUCUACAUCCAUCCCAACCACAGCUGAGACCAGCACAGCCUCCAGCUCUACAUCCACCUCAACCACAGCUGAGACCAGCAUGGCCUCCAGCUCUACAGCCAUCCCAACCACAGCUGGGAUCAGCACAACCUCCAGCUCUACAGCCAUCCCAACCACAGCUGGAACCAACAUGGCCUCCAGCUCUACAUCCACCUCAACCACAGCUGAGACCAGCACGGCCUCCAGCUCUACACCCACCCCAACCACAGCUGAGACCAGCACAGUCUCCAGCUCUACAUCCAUCCCAACCACAGCUGAGACCAGCAUGGCCUCCAGCUCUACAUCCAUCUCAACUACAGCUGAGACCAGCAUGGCCUCCAGCUCUACAUCCAUCCCAACCACAGCUGAGACCAGCAUGGCCUCCAGCUCUACAUCCAUCUCAACCACAGCUGAGACCAGCAUGGCCUCCAGCUCUACAUCCAUCUCAACUACAGCUGAGACCAGCAUGGCCUCCAGCUCUACACCCACCUCAACCACAGCUGGAACCAACAUGGCCUCCAGCUCUACAUCCACCUCAACCACAGCUGGGACCAGCAUGGCCUCCAGCUCUACAUCCAUCUCAACCACAACUGAGACCAGCACGGCCUCCAGCUCUACAUCCACCUCAACCACAGCUGAGACCAGCACGGCCUCCAGCUCUACAUCCACCUCAACCACAGCUGAGACCAGCACAGUCUCCAGAUCUACAUCCAUCCCAACCACAGCUGAGACCAGCACAACCUCCAGCUCUACAGCCAUCCCAACCACAGCUGGAACCAACAUGGCCUCCAGCUCUACAUCCAUCUCAACCACAGCUGAGACCAGCACGGCCUCCAGCUCUACAUCCAUCUCAACCACAGCUGAGACCAGCAUGGCCUCCAGCUCUACAUCCAUCCCAACCACAGCUGGAACCAGCACGGUCUCCAGCUCUACACCCACCUCAACCACAGCUGGGACCAGCAUGGCCUCCAGCUCUACACCCACCCCAACCACAGCUGAGAUCAGCAUGGCCUCCAGCUCUACAUCCACCCCAACCACAGCUGGGACCAGCACAGCUUCCAGCUCUGGCAGGACAACCACCCGCAGCACCUCUAGCCUGGCAGUUUCAACUGGAACGUACACCACCUCCAACCACACUGACACGGUGAACGAGGAGAAGCCCAGUGGGUCCCUGAAGCCUUGGGAAAUCUUCCUCAUCACCCUGGCCUCUGUUGUCAUGGCCGCAGGACUCUUUGCCGGGCUCUUCUUUUUCGUGAAAAGAUACCUGUCUCUGAGAAAUGCUGCUGACAUAGCUCUCUACAACCCCCACCCUGGUCCUGGAGAACCCCAUACACCUCUGUGGAGCCCUACCUGGUCCUGGAGGAGACCAGUAACCUCUGGGGUCAUGGAAAUGAAUGAGAGAUGA